CUCAUAACAAACACCUUCCAAAAUCCCAUCCCUUUUAGGGAUUUGUGCAUAUAAACACCCGAAAAGUAGAAACAGCUCAAGAACAGAAUGCGCAUUAUGUUCGCUGAUAUAUAAAGCUUUCAUAAUCACCCCAUCCUUAUAACUUGAGACAAUCUUACGGAUUUUAAAUUGUGAAAAACUCGAAGACGCUGUGUACUUGGAGUGGUGGCAGCCAUAUUUUAUUUUAUACUUCCCGUCAAAGACAUGGCUCGUUCCCCUGGCCAUCUUUCAUCCGGGGUGACUAUAUGCCUGCAAUGUGGCGACCAGGGAUUCAAUAAUGCUUUUGUCUUCUGUGUCAAGUGUCUGGAGUUUGCUGUGCAUCGGUACUGCCUAGAUACCAUUCCAGAAACUUUUGAUGAAUUUGUGAGAUGGAUUUGUGACGAGUGUAAGGUGAAAGAUCCAAACAAACUCCUUGUCCAAAACCCUGAAGGCAACCAUAAUGUCUCUAAGAAAGCUAAGGAGAAUAGAGAUGAGAGUUUUAUGAUCUCCCAGCAGAUGCGUGAGGAAUGUGCUAAGAUUGACUUAGCAAAAGCAUCUAAGCUUGCAGGUCAUAGUUCAGUUGGGGAAGUGCAUGAGGGAGAGAAACAUCAUACAACAUCCAUGUUAGUCGGGGAAGAUGGACGAAGCAAUGGAUCCUGUGUUGAGUACUUUGAUAGAAGUACACAGGAUCAUCAACCAUCUGGAGGGCGUCCCGUUAGUGAAAUUAUUUGGGAGGGAUGUUUCAAAAUAUGCAACAAAGAUUAUGAGAUCUUUGACGGACUUGUAGCUCAUUUAUCAGUUAAAGCAUCUGAGAAGGUUUACAAGGAAGCAACUUUAUUUCCACCCAUGCUUAAACUAGAAAUGCUCCCCAAAGCUGUUGUUUGGCCUAACAGCUUCCGUACUAAAGGGCCAACAGAUGAAAACAUCGCCUUGUAUUUCUUCCCGGCUAAUGUAAAAUGCGAAUGGAGUUUUGAUUAUUUAGUGGAGAUACUAAUGCAAGAGGAGCUGGCUAUGAAAACCACAUUGACGAAUGCUGAGCUUUUGGUAUUUACCUCCCAAGAACUGCCACUGCAAUACUGGAGAUUCCAAGGGAAGUAUUAUCUGUGGGGAGUAUUCAUUCAGAGGAAAGCCAUCAAGGAAUAGUGAUAUUCCUCCUUCAAAGAGGCGCAUAUAACAUCAACACUAUCCAUAGAUGAAAUGCUUUGAAGAUUUGGACUCUUGAGGCGAGGAAUGCAGUGUAGACUGAUUUAUCUAACAAUGUAUUUAGGGGGUGUUUGGAUCUGAUUCUUAAAAUUGCCCCUGCUCCUUCAGGGAGCAGAAACAGAAGUCAGAGUGUUUGAGUAAAAGUGCAGAAGUAAUUCUGAUGUUUAGAAUCAAUAUUUUUAGAAGCUCUAGGGGGUCAGCUUCUGUAAACUGAUUCUGCUUCUGCUUUAAAAAUUAGCAGAAGCAAAAUCAGUUCCAAACACCUCCUUACUCCGUAUAAUACUUUUUCUCAAUUGUUUAAAAUUAAUAUCUAAAAGGUUAUACUUAUGUUGUGAAGGUUAGGUCAUCUAGGGUGAGGAAUGCAGACUGAUUUAUCAGAGAAUGUAGUUAAAUGAUUGAGUGUGACAGUACUAUUACCUAUGGCUUUGACCAUAACUAAAAUAGGAUACAAAAAG